AUGUCUACCGAUAUUGCUGGGUCAGGAAUAUUGACGAAAGCCAGAACGGCCCUCACGAUUGCAGGAGGCUUAUAUGCUCUAGCAUUAGGCCUCAUUGCUGUUCCAUACUUCCAAAGCCAUACUUUAUAUUUAAAUGCCGUUCGUCUGCCUUGGUUUGCAGACUUUGAUGCCCCAGAAAGAUAUGGACUUGCAUUAAAUAAAACGUACAACUUCAAAAUCCAAACAGUCGAUAACGAAACAUUAGGAGCGUGGUUCAUUCUCUCAGAAUCUGUUUACCAAGCUCUUCCCUCACACAAUGUAAUGCCCAAAUCUCACAUCGCACAUGCUCUUCGAGCCCGUCCUACAAUCCUGUUCUUCCAUGGUAAUGCCGCCACUCGCGCAUUCAAAGUCCGUAUUCAACACUACACCGCAUUUUCGUCUCGUUUGAACGCGAACGUCCUCGCUGUCGAUUAUCGUGGGUUCGCAGACAGUACUGGGUCACCCAGCGAGGAAGGUCUCGUUCGGGAUGCUAGAGCCGCAUAUGAAUGGUUAAUCAACUCUGGUGCGAAAGGGGAAGAUAUCAUCAUCAUGGGUCACAGCCUUGGUACUGGUGUCGGCGCAAGGCUCGCUGCGCAGUUGUCGAAGGAGGAAUUAGCGUAUAGAGGAAUUGUGCUCUUGAGUCCGUUCUCAAGUAUCACGGAGCUGGUCAAGACGUAUAGUGUAAUGGGCGCUUUACCGCUGGUGAAGCCAUUGACCAUGAUUCCUUACGCGUUCAAUUUCAUCACCUGGGCCUUGAUCCACAAAUUCGACACACUGAGUGUCGUACCCCAAAUCAAGGGCAAAGUCCUCAUAGCACACGCAGAAAAUGACUGGGACAUUCCAUACACCCACUCCGAAGUCCUAUUCAACGCCUUCCUCGAGCCUUUAUUACCAAAUGUCGAUAUCCCCUCCGAUCCUGUCUCAACAACGAAAGAAGACUGGUCCGCCUUCACCGCACAAAUAGCUGCUCGAAAGACUCAACGCGAAAACCUCGUUACCACCACCCGUCUACCGAACUUUGGUGUCAUGGAAGAAUUCGUCGACCGAGGAGGAGAAAUGAUUUUCGUGAAGAUGCUCGAAGGGAACCAUGAUAAUGUCGGAAUUCAAGAAGGACUCCAGGAUAUCAUUGGCAAAAAGUUCGGGUUAUUAUCUCAUACGCGGCCUAAUCUUCCUCUACCAAUAAUGUCUGCCCCACCUAUGUCUGCACCUGCAUCCAUCGCUCCCGAAUCAGAUGUAGGUGGAAGUGAUUUGUCUGAAGCAGGAGGAUGGUCUCCGCUUCCCAGCGCGUCGGAACGAGGUGAAUGGACAGGUGAAAUAACGAAAGUCAUUGAUUGA